AUUACAUUUUGUGAUUCAUGAUGACGUUUAGAAUAAUGAUUGGAUCACAAAUGAGGUUUAUGUAUAGAUAAAAUAUUAAAAGAGGUGAAAUAGAAAAUAUAUAAAUUAAGUGAUCAAUAUUCUUUUUGCUCUUUAUAUAUUUAUAACAAUUUUUUAAAUUGUAUUACUAAUAAUUUAAUUAUCAAUCUUGUUGAUUUAUAAACAAUUAUAAUUUUUAUUACAGUUAUAGAUUUUAUUAAAUAAAAUUCAAGUGAACAUACAGUACAGUUAUAAUUGGAUAAUAACAAGAACAUUUUCAUAUUAUAAACAAACUUAUUAAACACUUCAUUGUAGUGUUUAUUAAAACUGGUUCAAAAAUCUCUAUAGCUUAAAAUCUGUAUAUAUUAUUAUUAAAAUCACAGGUAGAAAAUUACGGAGCAGAAGUAAAAAAUGGAUUAUUCUAACGGAAAUGAAUUUGAAAUAUCUUAUUUUAGAACAAUAUGGAGUGCUAUUGCAUCUAUUGGGUGGUAUUUAAUUGCAAUUGGAAUCUCAUUUUGGUUUGCAUUUCCUUAUAUUCGAGAGAAAUAUUUAAAUUGGAAAUUAAGAAGGGACGAAUUGGAAUAUGCAGCAAAAUAUCGUAAAAAUCCAGAUCUCUUGCAAGCAAGAUUAUUAGGUUUGGAAGCUUCGAGACAAAGGAUGCAAGAGGAAUAUUAUCAAAAAUGUGCCAUGUUAACAGAAGAAAAAGGAAAAGAACAGAAAGAAAAGAUAAAAGAAACAUCAAAAUUGACUUUGGACAGCAAUGUCUUAGAUUUUAGACUAGGAAAAAAAAAUAAUGAUUUACCUCCUUUUACAGAGAAGAAACAUAAGUCAUUAAGAGAAGAAUAUAAUCCAUUAAUGGGUGAUGGUUCUAGAGGAUAUCGACCACCUAAGCGCACUUGUUGCGGAAAGGGAGGUUGCGGGUAAUUAUAUGUGAACUUAAUCAAUAAAAUUUGAUAUUCUAUUGAUGAAACAAAAUUAUAAGUAAUUAUUAAAAUAUUACGUUUUGUUAUAAUAGAGUUAUAAACUUAUUAAAUAUAAAUUUUAUGAUACUGAAAAUUAUUUUCCAUUUUCCUCUUUGUUAUUUUGCUUCAACUUAAGUUAAAAUAAAAGGAAAUAGGAUAAGAGGAAAUAUGUACAUAAUUUUUUUUUUUUGCUUUCAUUAAAUUGUCAGAAAUCAUUGUCAAAAAAGUUAAUAAAAUACACGAAUUUUCAACGUCA